GUCCUUUCAAAUCUGUCAAUGAGACGUGCGUGCUUCGUGGUAGGCAACGUGCUCGGAAAUUGACGUGAAACAGUUCCCCGUCUUGUUUUAAUUAUCAAAUAAACAAUCAUGAGACGCCCUAAAAAGUAUCAAUCCGGAGAAGGAACCCAAUAUAUCACCAGAAAGCAAGCAUUACGAAAAUUGCAAUUGUCUCUAAAUGAUUUCCGCCGAUUAUGCAUUGUUAAAGGGAUCUAUCCGCGUGAACCGAAACAUCGAAGGCGAGCGCAGCGUGGAUCCACUGAUAUAAAGAUUUUAUAUCACACGAAAGACAUCAAGUUUCUGCUUCAUGAACCAAUUGUGUGGACCCUUCGUGACUAUAAGAUAUUUGCCCGAAAAACUGGUCGUGAUCGUGCAAUUCGAGAUUUCAAAAAUUUAAAGCGUCGGAUCAACGCCUUCCCAGAGUUAAAAAUCGAUCACAUCGUCAAAGAGCGCUACCCUACUUUCAUUGAUGCAAUCAAAGACCUCGACGAUUGCUUGACCCUCCUAUUUCUAUUCAGUACCUUCCCAUCACUGAAGCUGAUUCCGCGCUCCCAGUCAAUUUUAUGCCGCCGGCUAACAAUUGAAUUCCUUCAUGCCAUCAUUGCAGGAAAAUGCCUCCGGAAAGUGUUCAUUUCGAUCAAGGGGUAUUAUUUCCAAGCUGACAUCAAAGGGCAAAAAGUCACGUGGAUCGUGCCACAUUAUUAUCCUUUCCAACCGCAAUCUAAGUCCGAAGUUGAUUUUAAGAUUAUGUCAAUAUUUGUGGAGUUCUAUGCAAUUAUGUUGGGAUUCGUGAACUUCAGGCUCUAUCAUUCGUUGAAUCUGGUUUAUCCACCACAAUUCCCAGCUGGAUUGAUGCAAGACAGCGAGGAAACACUGAGCAAUGAAAGUGCUUUUGUUUCGGAUCGAAUUGCAGCACUGAAUGUUGAUUUAAUGAAAUCUGGCGAAUCUACUGUCGAGGAGGAAGAGGAAGAUAUUGACUUGGAGCUCCUGAAUGAUGAAAGCAAUCCAGAAAAAAUGCAAAAAUUGCGUCAGGAGGCGAUGGAAAUUAAAAAAUUGAAAACUCUCUUCAAAGGUUUGAAAUUCUUCAUAAGUCGAGAAGUUCCCCGCGAGCCGCUCGUUGUUAUCAUUCGGUCAUUUGGCGGCAAAGUAUCGUGGGAUAAAACUAUGUUCCCAGGUGCUACUUUCGACGAACACGACACCACGAUUACACAUCAAAUUGUUGAUAGACCAAGUCUCGAAGAUAAACAUAUUUCAAGAGAUUACGUGCAACCACAAUGGGUAUUCGAUUCAGUGAAUCAACGCACUCUGCUGCCGGUUAAUAAAUACUUUAUUGGUGUUGUUUUACCCCCACAUCUUUCACCAUUCGUCGACCCUGAUCGAGAUACUUACAUUCCGCCUGAAGAGAAAGCUUUACGAGAUCCUUCAUUAAUUGAGACAAAAGAAGACAGUGAUGUAGAGAUAUCUGACGAGGAAGAAGAGAAGAAGGAAGAAAAUUUGGAUGCUCAGUUGGAAAAGGCAUACCAGGACGAGAUCGCCGAUGCAUCUGCAGACGAAGCUGAGAAGCAGGAAAAUAACGAGGAGGAAGAGGAUACAAAUGAUCCUGAGAAAAAACGUCUUAAAGAGAAAAAGAAAAUGGCUGUCGUUUCUGGAAAGCCACACAAAGAAAACAAACGUUUACAGCAUAAAGCAGCAAUCGAGGAGCACAAAUUACAAGCUCGUAUGGUUAAGCCACGACAUCGAGGUCUAUUUAGAAAGUUAAUUCGCGAUCAGCAAGUUAAGGAGAAGGAAGCGUGGCUAUUGAAGAAGAAACGGAAGAACAUUGAAGCAUCUGAAAAAGAAGCUAGAAAGCAAAAGAAACGUGAAGAGCGACGCAAGAUGUUGGGUAGAGCUUAGUUUUAUUGUACGGUUGACUGGUUGUAUAUAGAAUGUUAUAAGUAAGGCGGAAAUAAAAUAUUUUUACUUUAAAAUUG